AUGGGGAUUGCCGAGUUUAUGAGCCGGCUGUCGCCGGCACCAUCGAGCGCGCACGAGGAUGACGAGAGUUUGAGUGGCCAGCCGUCGCCCCGAAGCGAUGGCUCUAGCCCCACGCCGCGCUCGACCGGUUCAGGCCGCCCACGCCUGCGUCUGUUUGCAAGCGGUGAUUCAGCGGCGUCGGCGUCGGCGUCGGUUGCGGCCGUCGAGACUGCGGAGGAGGACACUCUGCGGAAAGUGGUAUCGGACGACCAGAAAGGCGAGGGCGACCAUGGGCCUCCGCUUUGUAACCAGACUUCAUCUCAGUCAGAGAAGGGCCUGGCCCCAUUAUGGAAGGCUCUCGUUUCCUUUGCGUCCAAGGAUAAGGAGGAAGCAGAGGAGGAGCAGGAGGAUGUAGACGAAACGGCCAAGGUGCUCAUGCCGCCGAAUUAUAAGCACUUGUUCACACACAGGCGCUUUCCGUAUGAUUCUGCGUUUACAAGGGCCGACUGGGCCAAGGAGCUUGUCGCCGUGCCGGACAAUGGUAUUCGCGAGGAGCUCAACGAUAUGUAUUCCAUCUUUGCCGCUAUGGAGCGGAGACCUACCAUGCUCACGGGAGAUGACGUUGCCCUUUUCGUCGACUGGUUCCGCACAUUUCUCACCAGUUUGCAAGAGUUGUUCUAUCUGGAAGAGGAGUGCUUGUAUGCCUGGAUUGACGGCACGGAUAUGCUCUCUACUGAGAUGCGCAAGUGGGGAGACGGCGUCAAAAAUGGGCGAAUGCGCGGGGCCUUGUCGGCUGCGAAGCGCAUGCGUCGUAAAGGGGAGAUUGUCCGUAUUGGCAACCAGAUCACAACCUGUCAGCGGCUGUUUGAACGUCGUCCAAUUGCAGAGGGGCUUCCAGUCUUAGCAUCUAUUAUCUCGCCGUUUGUCGAUGAGCUUGUGGCGUACAUAGACCUCAAGAGGGACACAUUGCCGGCCAUUAUCGAGAUGCACCUCGAGCAAAAGGACCGCGUGCGUUUUGAGCGCGGCUACUGGGAGCUGGGCCGUGCGCAGCCGGCACAUGAGACAACAUUGGUGCUGGCGACACGCUGGAUGGGCCGCAGGCAGAUGCGCAAGUGGAGGUCUAAGUACUUCGGGCCGAAGAAGGGCGUUUAUGGCAAGUGGAAGACGGCCUUCUUGAAGGAGCAUCACGGCAUAGUGAGCGAGUUUGCCAAUAGAGUGAAGACGAGUGAAGAGGAGCGCUUGAACCAAAUGCAGGAAAGUAAGAAUGCGCGCGCCAUGGCAGAACUCGCCAUCCAGAAUAUGCCCCCUCCACUCGAGUGUACUGAUUCCGAGCUGCAAAGCGGGCUGAGCAGCAGCUGCGCCAGCAGCUUUCGACAGAGCAACCUUUCUGCCUCGGCCAUCCCAAUGCCGACGUGCGCUUGA